AUGGUGAAACCCGACGAGGUAAUGAAGGCCAUCACUGGCACUUGGCUCUACCUGAAUGUAACGUCCUACUUCGACAAUGGCACGAUCUCGCACGACGCGGACCCCGCGUUGGGACAGUUUCCUGUCGGCAUGUUGAAUUACAAUACUGCCGGCUGGAUGUCCGCCAACUUUAUGUCUUCUAGGCCGGAGGACCGUCCCGGAGAUAUAGAUACGGCCGCCCCGGACGUCGGCACAGAUGCUGAGUGGGCACUUAUUGGAAAGCACACGCUGGCGUAUUCUGGGCCUUGGUACGUCAGCGAGACGACGGACGACGUCGAAGUGGGUCAGAUUACACAUGGGCCGACAAAGAUCGCCUGGUUACCUACGUGGGUUGGGAUAGAGCUACAGAAGAACUAUACGUUGUUAGAAGACAAGACGAUGAUGCGUUUUAGGUCAAAGACUCAGGAUGGUAAGAACGGAGACAUGUUCUUCAGGAGAUUAGCGUAA